CUACGCUUUUAUUCACUCGCUGCGAUAUCUUGGGAUCCGACAUAUUUGACCCUUGCGACGGAUAUAGUUUGUCCAAGGCUGAUAAAGCUGCGAUCUCUGUCACUGCCAGGACAGGCAUAACAUGGACUUCUUCGACGCAAGAUGGAUGGCCCACCAUGACGGGCGCAUUCGGACAGCUUCUAUCAGUCACGGUUGUAAUAUCAUCAUGAUCAGGCGAAGGGAGCCGUAGAGUUUCUCAAGCCAACUUCUUUACACGUCCUCUUUGCCUCCCUAAACCUUCCACUCAUGGCUCUGGUUUGGAUCCGACGAGCAAUCAUUCCUGUUGGUCUGGCACUUGGUGUUGUAUCUUUGGACGUUAUCGUGGACGACACCAACUCCACCAUCAGCUAUUCGCCGUCUAGCCAGUGGUCUGAAGGCACUCAGUGCACCACUUGCGCCAUUCAUCCCGACCCGAGCUCGGCAAAGGAUGGGACCUGGCACGACACGACAGCGUCGCCGGGCAACCCGCGUUCGAUCACAUUCUCAUUCACGGGAACCGCUGUGAGCGUGUUCAAUAUACUCCCAGGAGUCGACGCGUCGGCACCUACCACACAUGUCGACCUGACGUUCAGUCUUGACGGAGGCUUUGGCACGCCUUACCAAUUCGACCCCUCGGACGACUCUCUUCAAUAUAACGUCCGGGUAUUCACGGCUAGCGAACUCGAUAACACGUCGCACUCGCUCAUUAUCCAGACAGCCAGCGACAUAGAUUCGGUUGUCCUCUUCGAUUACAUCGUUUACACCAUUCCGGACCCCCCUCCCUCGAUCACGACGACAAGCACGACGACUAGCAGCACUACCACGAGCUCGUCGUCAAGCUCCCGGUCAUCUCGGUCAUCCUCAACAUCGUCCUCACCUUCCUCAUCCCUGUCUUCCUCAUCCCUUCCAAUUUCUCCGUCUCAAUAUUCUGCGUCAUCUACCACAUCUUCCAACUCGAUCUCACAGUCCAUUUCAUCGACCAGUUCUCCCUCCGGCGUCAUACAAACCCCGCAUACAGUGUCCUCCCAGUCGACUGGGCCCGGGUCAAGCGUAUCCAGCCCGACAAGAGUUCUAAAUAAUCCCUCCGACCCUGCUGUAGUGCAACCCCAGAAUGUUUCGACAGGCAGUUCCGUCCCCAAAGGCGCUCUGAUCGGUGGCGCAGUUGGCGGGGGCGUGCUCCUGUUGAUACUUGUCGUGGCGCUCCUGUACCUCCUCUGCAAACGGCGCGCGCGUCGUCUGUUGAUGAGAGGCGGCAGCUCAGCAUACGCGGAACCAGGCGAAAGGCUGCUGCCGUCACGUUCGGCUCUCUCCACAUCCACAUCCUCAUCCGUCCUCGUCAUCGGGAACUUGCAGCCAGACUCGCCUGUGUCCACAUGGGCGUCGUCGGAGCGCGAUCGCACGUCCGCGUCCACAGUGGCCCCGGCGCCUCUGUCCACGUACCCCCCUCCCACCGCCCUCGUGCAGGAGACCACGGAGGAGAAACCUGCGAUCCCGUUCGCCGACGAGGACAACGCGCCCCGAAGGCUCUCCUUGCCCGCAACGGAGCCGCAUGCUCAGGAGAGUCCGGCGCCGCCAGUCGCCGACACGAGGGUGCUCGAGCGCCUAUCGGCGAUGCAGGAGGAGAUCGCGCGCCUGCGCGCACAGCAGGCCCAAACCUCCGCCCUUUUCUCUGGCGCGGUUGAGGCUCCUCCCAGCUACGAUGCUGCUUGA